AAAGCGAAAGCGCAUUCCUCGUGAACACACGCAUUUCCAUCUCCAUUUCCACUGAGCUAAAUCCACUGCGAGACCCUGAGCUUCUCCAUUAGCAAAACAGAGAGAGGUGAGAGAGAGGAAGGGGCAGGAAAAGUGGGUUGUUUGUUUGGGAGAAUUAUGACGUCAGACGGGGCCACCUCGGCGUCGACGGCGAGGAGAAAGCCGUCGUGGAGGGAAAGAGAGAACAACAGGAGGAGGGAGAGGAGGCGGAGGGCGAUUGCGGCCAAGAUAUUCGCCGGGCUCCGAGCUCAGGGGAGCUUCAACUUACCCAAGCACUGCGAUAACAACGAGGUCCUCAAGGCUCUCUGCGUCGAGGCCGGUUGGACUGUUGAGGAAGACGGCACCACUUAUCGAAAGGGAUUCAAGCCACCCCCAACUGAUACACCAGGCACUUCAACCAAAAUUACACCCUAUUCUUCUCUAAAUCCCAGUCCAUUGUCUUCUUCCUUUCCAAGUCCAAUUCCAUCCUACCAAGCUAGUCCCUCAUCCUCGUCUUUUCCAAGCCCCUCUCGCUGUUUUGAUGCCGCCAAUUCAUCCAAUCCCUUUCCUAAUCUGCGAUCUGCUAUACCUUCUUUUCUUCCUCCUCUCCGGAUUUCUAAUAGUGCUCCGGUGACCCCUCCACUCUCCUCUCCCAACUCGAGAAAGUGCCAACCAAUUCCCAAUUGGGACUCCCUUACCAAACAAUCCAUGGCCUCUUUCAAUUACCCAUUUUACGCCGUGUCUGCUCCAGCUAGUCCAACUCGUCACCAGCAACAACUCCAUACUCCUCCCACCAUUUUUGAAUGUGAUGAGUCUGAUACUUCAAUUGUUGAGUCUGGUCAAUGGAUGAAGUUCCAGAAAUUUGCAACUGCAUUGUCCGCAAGGCCGACCUCUCCUGCAUUCAAUCUUGUCAAACCUGUCGGUGUUCAGCAAAAUUUGCCGGCGAAUGGAAUGGUGGAGAUGGGGAGAGGGCCAGAGUUUGAGUUUCUCGGGGGACAAGUGAAGCCGUGGGUUGGGGAGAGAAUUCAUGAGGUGGGAUUGGAUGAUUUAGAGCUCACACUAGGCAAUGGCAAGGCUCGAAACUAAGCUACCAUAUAGAGAUGCAUGCUGCAUUGGAGUUCCAGAGUCAUUAAGAACAGAUGAAAAGAGGUUAAUUUUCUGGUCCCCGCUCCCCAGAUCAUUCAAUCUCAGCUUGGUUUUCUGGAGGAAGUGCAUUGUGAGUUCAGGGCUUAAGAACUGCUUAAACCAGACAUGGUUGAUGCAAGAGAUUAUAAUUUUCAAGAGUGCAAUUUAGGGUCAUUUAAAUCCUUCAUUCUAAUUGGAAAUCAAUGUAGAGUUAGAUAGUCUGUACUCUUAUCUUGUUGUAAGUUCACCUUUGCAGACUCAGAAACUUUCUCUCCUUUUCCUUUUCCUUUUCUUUUUCUUUUUCAUUCUCUUUUGGUUUGGUUGUAGACUUGGAAACUGGGAAAUGCUGUAAAUUUUUCAAUUUCUAUCGCAAGUUAUGUUCUUGUAUCUCUCUUUGAAAUU